AGAACGAAACCGCUCGUGAGAAAUCAUCACCAGGUUUUGGUAAGUAUGUUGUAGCUUUGUGGCGAUCUUUUCUUCACUUUUUACUUUGGGCCGAUCAAUUUAAAGUUGAACAUACAGGAACAUGUAUGGUUGUGUUGUGCGAGCUGAGUCUCGUGAGCUUAUGCAUUGUUAGCUUCUAGGAAUUGUAUAAACUAUAACAGUCAAGGAAAAAACCUGCUGUGAAUGUUUUUAUUACUGUAUUUGAAUGUUUUGAAUUGUUAAAGAAGCCCGUUGAUAAAUUGUUCCUUGUAUCGCAAUGAUCAAAUAUUACCUCACCAAUGUGAUUUUCGAUCGUUUUAUAUCGCGUUUAGCUGAAUUUCCUCUCAUCUCCCUUACAGGGAGGUUUAUCUGUUGACGUAGAUCACCACAGAUGCUCCUAUUUUAGACAGAGACCGGUUUCUUUUCCAGUGAAACAAAAUAUAUAAACUGUAGUACAUGAUGGUGAUGUAUGACAACCGCUGACCAGGAAGGACAGACACUCGGGUUUAGGUUUCCUUUGUGGCAAAAUUGUCAUGUUUUGCCCAAAUUGAUCGAAAGUUGAUAUUGAGGCUGUAAAUGCAUAAGUCAAGACUACUUCCACGUUUGAUUGCAAUAUGGUGGAGAGUACAGUGUACAUUUGUAGCUUUGACUGUACAAAAUAUCUCAACAACUAAUGGUAGCAGCAUAGCUACUCACAAGAAAUGAAAAGUCUUGUGGUGCUUAUCUUGAGCAGUAUCAUGUUUAUCUGUAGCCAUCGUCAUGUAGUGUCGGCAUGCAGUCUAAGGGGUGUCAGUGGAGAACGAAUGGGUCAAUACACUAGUGUGCAGUGAGCCCCAGUUUACUAUCACUGUUAUGGCUGGCGAGGAUGUAACAGUUUUUCAUUUCAAGAAGUAAUGGAUCUGGUGACCAUUUUUUGACAUUGUUAGCAAUAUUACAUUUAUGACAGAGAGAGAGGUUAGAACUGGAUGACAUGAAAUUUUUAAUUGAAUAGUCUCAUUGAGAACAACUUGUUAAGAAUGUUAAUGGAACAUUGUCAUUAGUAACCAUCAUAAUCUGUUUAUUUAUUUUUCAGCCAUCUAUACUCAGUUGCAAGUUCUCAACAAGUUCCUCUAGAUUACUCAGGCUUUACAACAAUGGAGAAGAAGCUGUAAAGGAUAUUCCUGAUGGGGCAAAAUUAUUGGUAGGAGGUCAGUCACCUUAGUCUCUAAGGGAUGGGGUACUCCUUUGUGGAAAUAAGUGGGGAUGCUCCUUGAAACAUGGGUUUAAAUCCCUAAAGGGAAGCAAUUCAGUUGGGCUUCAGCUUUAUUUGGCCCCUAAAAGAUAUCAUUUUAAAACAAACAGCCAAACAAAUGACAUUAUAAUUUUAAUUCAGAUAGAGAAGAUUUUGUUGUAGAAAUGCUACUUAAUCCUUUUUUGGUUCUCCGUCUGAACACUUAUCAAUCCAUCUGCUGUCUGAGACCACUUGUUAAUGAAGAACACUUUUGUUUUGUUUUUCUAAGGAUUUGGUCUCUGUGGAAUACCUGAGAACUUGAUUGCUGGCCUUCUUAAAACUGGAGUUAAGAACUUAACAUGCGUCAGCAACAAUGCAGGGUCAGUGGGUGUCAUAACUUUUUAUAAAUGAAAUUCAUAGUGUUAUUUACUUACGUUCUGCAAUUCUUGGUAGAGUGACUGCAGCAGUGUUUGGCGCCAAUUACUGCAAGUCCGUAACAGUCCCUCCCCCCAUGAGAGGUAGACCACCACACUGGGGACUACGUCCAAUCCCCUACUCUUUACAAACAGAAGUUAUAUGUGCAAGGGUUGUCAGGGGGGCCUACGGUUUAUUAUGCUCAUCUGAGAAGACUAGAAACUAAGUCAGAACCGUAUGUACGGGUAGAUGUCUUUACAAAGGCGGCACUUUCUCCUGCUUGAGAGUUGGUCCUGCCUAAAAGCCUCCUGCUUGGUAGACUGGUGCUUAUCCAAUUGCGCUAACCAUGUGGUGUUGUAAAAUAUAGCCUGCAAGCAAGUUUUCCGGGGCACUCUGGCAGCGAGGUGGGAAAAGGAAGGAGAGCUUGCAACUAUGUCUCUGGAAUUUGAAUAUCAGCAUUGAAAAAGUUGAUGCGAAAUGCUGAUUGGUGGAGAUGACAUAAGUAAUGAUGUCCAUACCCUUAGCACGUGUUUUUCAAUGUUUGUUUACAUUCACAGUUGUUUUUGCUUUGCGCUGAUUGGAGGGAAACUGUCAGCUCAGUCCAUGGGGACAGCCACAGGGGGAUUGGAGGUGGAAUUCAAGUUCCUUUUCCCGCCCCCCCUGCCAGAGCUCACCGGAGAGCUUGCUCGCAGGGAACGUAAAAUAAUAAUUAAAAUGUGAAGUAGUUUUUAUAUAUAAUAUAGAAUAAGGUUUUUCAUUGUUUCAGAAAAUGUAUUUAAUUAACAUUCACGUACAAUAUUUUCUUGUAGAGUUGACGAUUUUGGUCUUGGCUUGCUUCUUAAAACUCAACAGGUUUGUUUCACUAAAAAUAAUGGGGUCAGGCAAUUUUGCCAUUUAAGUGUGGUUUAUUAGUAGAAUGUAGUUCUUGUUUGCAUGCUGUAUGCUUCUAUAAAGUUCUAAAUUAGUUCAAAUCAAUUUUGUCACAGAUUAAACGGAUGAUUUCAUCAUAUGUUGGUGAGAAUGCAGAGUUUGAACGUCAGUACCUCUCUGGAGAAUUAGAAGUGGAGCUUACUCCUCAGGUGACUUACUGGCGCAUAGUGUGAAAUAAAACCCUGCAACUAAGAACCUGGAUUUUAAGAAGCUGUUAGGUGCCUUAUCACUCCAACUGUAAGCUGAACCGCUAAAUACUAGCUGUAUUGAAUUUUUUUCUCCAAAAAAUAAGAACCUAUUUACAAUCCUAAAUAGGCUUAACUUGUACUAACUACCCUUUAUACAAGAACCUGUUUAGGCUAAUGUGGUAAAAUCCAGGUUCUUAGUCAUGGGGUUUUACUCUAGGAUUUCAUUAUAGGAAUAUUUAUUAUUUUAGUCACACAAUUUUUCAUUUUUAACAUUAGAAAGAACUUAUUUUUAGGGCACCCUUGCUGAGAGGAUCAGGGCAGGGGGUGCAGGAAUUCCAGCUUUUUUCACUCCCACAGGAUAUGGGACCCUGGUACAUCAUGGUGGCUCUCCUAUCAAAUACAACAAAGAUGGCACUAUACAGAUUCCUAGUCAACCACGAGAGGUAAAAAUGUACUGAUAACUUUAUGUUAGAAAUUUGGGGGAUGGGGUACUCCCUGUAAUGGCCCAUAAAGUGUUUAUAAAAGGGUGAGAUUUUAUGAGAAUGUGAUUCUAAAUCUCUCAGUCUAUAUACUGUAUAUUUUCUCACUCUAGUCAAGGGAAUUCAAUGGUAAGAAUUAUGUCAUGGAAGAGGCCAUUACUGGAGACUUUGCUCUUAUUAAAGCGAAGAGAGCUGACAAGGCAGGAAACCUUAUGUUCAGGUAAUUCUGUCAAAAGCUUUUAUUCCUAACUGUUUGCUUGAUGUUGGUUUUUCUGAGGCUCACCCAUCCGUCAAACCCUCUCUUUGCCUUUGCUGAGGGUAUUUCUUAAACUAUGUUUCUGCCAGGUACUUCAAACCCAUUAAUUUGUGGUAAGUAUUAUUGAUCAUCAUUUACAGUGUAUGUUGUAUCCCAGGGCGAGACACUUCACUCUUACAGCACCUCACUCCACUGUGUGGGAGAGCAGAUGGAUACCAGCAAAUUAAAUGCUGGGGGGUUGGGAGGGGGCUAAUCCUAAUAUUCUGCCAUAAAUGCUAUUUAAACAUUUCACAUUCCUGUAUAUUUUACUUGGUAAAGCUUAUGUUGACAUUAUAUUUUUUAUGUAGGAGUACAACUGUUUUUAUUAAAUCAUGUUAAAUAUUACUUUAAUUUGGCCUAUGUCCUGCCUACAGUAAAACAACAAGGAAUUUCAAUGCACCAAUGGGCAAAGCAGCCAAAUUCACAAUUGCUGAGGUAUGUGUACUACAUGUAUCCAUUUUGAAUAAAAAUAUCCCUUUGUUUUGAAAAUGCUAACACUACAGUUCUACUAAAAGUCUAUGUACAUGUACAUUAUAUGAAACAUUGUAAAGACAAAAAAUAUAUUAGGAAAUGCUAAAAGUUAUAAUCAUGUGCGCACUGGAAAAGGUCAAAACUGAAAAAUUAAAGAAAUGGGUCUUUGUUUAUAAUACAAGGCAUCUGGAUUUGAUCUGAGUUAUCCUUACAAAGUCCGCAACUGUUUUUAAAAACUGUACAAGACAGGCUAGAGUUGUCAAUAGCUACAGGUUUUGGAGAAAUUGAAUGGCUUAUUAGAUUUAUCGGCAGAGACACAGCAAUUUUAGAUGAGGUACAUGUACAAAAGAACAUUAAAGAUACUAUGUCUGCCAUAGAAUCUGCAAGCUUAUCAUUAUGAUAAAAUUUGGGACUGUCUUGAGCUUUUUCUUGUAUUCCUUGAAGGUUGAGGAAAUUGUAGAAAUUGGCGACCUAUCAGCUGAAGACAUUCACCUUCCUGGUAUUUACGUGAAAGGAUUAUUAAAAGGCUCAAAUUAUGAAAAGAGAAUUGAGGUGAGAUAAGCUUUUUCUAUUUCUGGCAAUAGCGUGUACACAGAUGUUGCUUUAUUUUUCCUUUUGAUAACUGGCGAGUGCACAAGAGUGAGUGUGGAGUGCAAGAGAGAAAAAUAAGUGGUCAUUUAAUUCCCCGCUGCUUUUAUUUUUAUCACGGGUCUGUGAACAGGCUAUUCUGGCAAUUAAAAUUUAGAUAUUAUUAAAAUGUAGCUAUUAUUAAUGUGCUUGAUUAGCUGGAAUUUUACUUACAGUGUUUACAAGGGUACAUUCCAUUGCGAUAAUCUGAAUCAGGGUCAUUAGUCUAGCUGAGAUCACCUGGAUCAUCGCAUGGGAAAGGCAAUUCAUCAGUUUAUUAUUUUGAUGUACUGCGAUGAAGAUUUGGCAACAAAUAACUACAAUAACUCAAUAGAUCAGUAGUGAAAGGAAUGUUGACUUGAUGUUGAUAAUCUGGUUGGUGUUUUUGCUGGUUGGUUGGAUGAAUGAGCUAGGGACAGGUAGAUCCCCUAGUAUUGGUAGCAGAAGUUCAGGAGUAGUUUUUCAUUGUGCUUUUUGUAGAGGUUGACCUUAACUUACGACGAGGUGAACAAUGGAAAACCCAAAUCAAAUGGUGAUGAGAUAAGAGAAAGAAUCAUCAAAAGAGCAGCAUUAGAGUUUAAAGAUGGAAUGUAUGGUAUCCUUUUAACUUGCGGCUUUACUGUGCUUUUGUCUGUUGGUGCCCUGUUUCUCAUUUCAGAAUCAUUUAUCUUCACUGCUUUAUUUCUUAAGUCAAGAAACUCCAUGUUGACUCUAUCCAUCCAACUUUUAGAAGACGCUAGGAAAAUUGCUAGUUAAACCCUAGCUGUAAUAUAAACCAGACUUACUUAAAACUCAAAUGGGACACAGUGAGAUAUUAGGCAUGUCAUGUGGAAUAGAGGGCUCUUAAGCCCUGAGACCCUUAGCCCCAUUGACCCCGAAAACCCUGAUGAAACCAAACGUGCCCUCUUGAAAAAAUCCUAAAGCCCGUCAACCCAGGAACCCUUGGCUUCUGUAUCAGUCCAAUUUUGGGACAUGUUUGCUCUUAGAAAGUGCCAAAUAGAGAAAGUGGAAUGUCAUCUCCAGGAGACGACUAGGUCACACUCCAUGUAGUGCUAAUAAAAAUAGAGUUGCUAUUUUUGUCGGUAAAAGUACAUUGUUUUAGAGUUAAUGUUUUGUACUUAUCAGUUGUGGCUUAAAAUGACCUACAGGUCAAAAUUAAUUUCAGGUUAAAAUUUUUUAAAGCUGGGAUGAUUUCAAAUUUCCUUUUUCUCCUAGCGUUAAUUAUUCAUAUAGAGAAAUAAGAGAAAUUUAAUUUUGACCUGUAACAUAUGAAAAGCUUUUUCACCGCAUUAUAUGGCAUUGCUGUUUGUAUUUGACUUACACUCUCCACUGUACUUGUGAAUGUUGGCUUGGCUACAUACAGAAUUAAUACUUCACACUUAUUUCCUUAACUAAGUGGUGUUUAGCAAACCUGGGUAUUGGCAUGCCCAUGCUAGCCAGUAACUACAUUCCUGAAGGGAUGACUUUAGUAUUGCAAAGUGAAAACGGGGUCCUUGGCCUGGUAAGCAUAUCAGAACGUGGCUUAGUGAUACUACAAUACCUGGCUACAAGGAGCGUUCAAAUAUUUUCUCGGGCCACUCUUUCAAAAAAUAUCUACUCACUGUACCUUCUGAGGAGGGAUUCGCUAACUGUGGUUACAUUUUCAUUGAAGCUUUAGAUAUCCCCCCCCCCAACAGGGAACGCCCAAUGACCUUCCUUGGGGCGAAGGGGCUAUCUUUUUAAUUUGUGUGAAAUCUUUCUAUAUCUUCUAUCACCACGGGAACAUUAUUUUGGUGCCUCAGCAACUUCAAGGACUGCAUAUUCGGUAGAACUGUAGACAUUCUCUGGAGUACCAUGGAUUUCAAUGGAGUGCUUUCUUGACAUUCUUGUAUAUUGUUCGAGAUUGUUGAGGGAUUUCAUUAGCUCGUCUGAUUUUUCCGUUUGUUCCUGUAGCUUCUUUGUCGUCAAUAUUAGUUCCUUCUUUAAUUGAAAGGGGCAGCAUUUCACGCGACAAGCAUGGUGGGAAGUUCAGUCUAUUGACAGAGAGAAAUCGGCCGUUCAUUGGUUAGGUGCAGGGCCCUUGACUUUUCGUUCAAAGGGGGUCAACCAUGCCGUUACUUUCUCUAUUCAAUCUUUCAGGGUCCUUUUCCAAGGCCAGGAGAAGAAGAUCCAGAUCUUAUUAAUGCUGGUGUGUAAAGACAUUAUUUGUGCCUAAAUGUACAACGUUUAAAUCAUUUUCUUCUUCGAAAACCUCGUUGAUACCUAUUACGACCAGAGCCUAAUGGCCCAAACCGCAUUAAGAGGAUUCCACUUUGUAUUAAUAAAAAGUGUCAUUCUUUUUAAUGCUAGGAAUAAUUCUGCACUGGUCUGCUCAUAGCAUCCUAGCGCUGCAUUGAUUCUAUUUGCUUCCAACGGGGCGGCGUACGGAGGGCGUAAUCACUUUGUAGUCCGGUCAGUGUGGCGAUGCCCGCAUCUUUGCUGCUGUUGUCUUUUUGACCUCAAUCAGUGGUUGUUGGUGCUCCACCACCAGCUUCAAUUAGACUUUACCACGCCCCCCCCCGCCUCGCCCAUGUCCUCACCUUUUUCGCUCGCCUUCGGUGCCGUCGACUGAUUAGCCUUGUUUAAUUAUUGACCGAUGUGCGACUUCAUCUAUAAUCCCACCUAUCCGGUACAUACUUAGUAAUCAGUAUUGUAUUUUGUUAUAUAUUUCAGGCAAAGAGACAGUGACUGUCCUACCCGGCAGCUCAUAUUUUUCAAGUGACGAAUCUUUUGCCAUGAUCAGAGGGUAAGUAGAUGAAGUAAGCAAAUUUUGAAUGCGGAAGGGUUUCAAGGGGUUCCAUUCUACGCUUUAGAUCUUUAACAAGAUAUAAACUACCGUAUUCAACAGAAAAAGCGCUUUAUUCGAGUGCCAAUGUAUUUAGCAUGAAAGUACCAGUUGAGGACACUAUUUUUACCUCUCCUACUGGAGACGGGACUACAAUUUUACUUGCAUGGUCAUUCAAGCCACGCGAGGGUCUAGCCGUUUGAGUAAGGCCAUGAGUAUUGUCCCGGCCCCCGGAAUCGAACCUACGCCAUCCCGUUCGGAAGGCAAGCGCUCCACCGACUGAGCUAAUCCUGCCACGAAAUAAUAAGUUCUUUCUAUAUUCUUUUUUAGCGGCCACAUAGAUAUAACAAUUCUUGGGGCCAUGCAGGUGUCACAGUUUGGAGACAUUGCUAACUGGAUGAUUCCAGUAAGUAUUAACAAGAGACGUAAAACUGAUGUUCUUUGCCAUAUUACUUUGUAACCUUUCAGGUCUUUAAAAUGCUGCUUUCUAGUCUAGCUUAUAGACGGAAUAAGUAAUUUGAUUUUUUGAAAGCUGGUUUCAGUAUUCGUAUGCCACAACAAAUGCGAAAGAUGCGGAGCCGAGCUGACGUGAGCCAGCCCACUGGCAUCAAAUUUCCACGCGAAAAUCAUGCUGGUCUAUGGUCCAACAUUUUGAUCAUUUUUGUUGUUUGCGAAAAUCAGCUAGUUAUUUUCUGAGAGGAGGAACCCGUGGAGUAGGUGUCAAGUGUAGAAAGUAUUGUAAUUGCUUGGCGUGAUUGAUUGAUUGAUUGAUUGAUUGACAGGGUAAGAUGGUGAAGGGAAUGGGCGGAGCAAUGGACCUGGUGUCUAGUGACUCCAAAGUCAUUGUCACGAUGGAACAUUUAGCAAAGGUUUGUAGACGAAAAACAUUUCUCUGCUUUAAGUUGGUGAAGUGGAUGUGUGUAGUGGUCAAAGAAACAUUCGCUUUAGAGUUGGCCACCACCAUCUCUUCUCGAGAGGAGAGAAAUCUUUUUUUAAUACGAUGCGAAAUAUUAUCCUUUUCAGGGAGACAAACACAAGAUCUUAGAAAACUGCACCCUACCCUUGACAGGAACGAACUGUGUAGAUAUGAUUAUCACAGAAAAGGUAGGCUGUUUAACGGCACGGUUCUCAAUAGUUUGCAGAGCAGGCGUAUUCUGCAGCGCGAACGAUGAUACUAUUCAAGAUGGCGGCCGCGAUCGAUAUACUGUACCUGUGGCCUUUUCGUUGAAAGACCGAAUGCUCUGCAGGUUAGGUUCUCAAAUGACUGAUAGUUGCAGAGCCAUGCUUGCCCAAUUUAACGCGAAAUAUUCCCUUCCAAUCCAUACCUCCCAACACUAAGGACUAUUUAAAAAUUUUAACGCAUAAUUUAUAUUUUACUUCCUGCUUUCUUGUUGCUGUAGUGUGUGUUUGAAGUUAGCAAAGAAAACGGUCUGAUUCUCACUGAGUUAUGGCCAGGAGUUUCUAUUCAAGAUAUACAGAUCUCCACUGGCUGCUCUUUUGAAGUAAGUACUUAA